GGGAGCUGAUGCGCACGCGGUCGCCGGUUUGGGCUUUAUAAACGCACCAGGAACCGAAUAAACCCACCAAAGCUGCCGGCUUUCUCAACUUCAGGACCCUUCAUCUCCUCUUCCAGAGCCAACAAGCGCUCCGACAUGAACGGCCUCUGCAACGACCCCGUGGAGGAGUACAACUGCAACAAAAACUUCAGCGACCUCUUCAUGGACUCCAAGAAGUCCACGGUAAUCUGCAAACACGAGACGUCCCGCAAAGAGGCCGAGGACCAGGCCCGCUUACCCACACUUGAGGCGGCUUACACCAGCAUCCUGCGGGACCUCGGGGAGGACACUGACCGGGAGGGGCUGCUGCGCACACCACUGAGGGCGGCUAAAGCUAUGCAGUUCCUCACCAAGGGCUACCAUGAGACCAUCGAGGACAUCCUAAACAAUGCUAUAUUUGAUGAGGACCACGAUGAGAUGGUGAUUGUGAAGGACAUCGACAUGUUUUCACUGUGCGAGCAUCACCUGGUGCCGUUUUUUGGCAAGGUUCACAUCGGGUAUAUUCCCAACAAAAAAGUGGUGGGACUGAGCAAGCUUGCAAGGAUUGUGGAGAUCUUCAGUAGGAGGCUUCAAGUUCAAGAGCGUCUGACCAAACAGAUUGCUGUGGGAAUAUCAGAUGCCCUGCAGCCAAAGGGCGUAGCUGUGGUUAUUGAGGCAGCGCACAUGUGCAUGGUCAUGAGAGGUGUCCAGAAGAUGAACAGUCGCACAGUGACUAGCACCAUGUUGGGAAUUUACCUAGAGGAUCCCAAAACCCGGGAGGAAUUCCUGACCCUUUCACAGACCCCCUAACUGAUGACCCGCACCAUUCACUCCCGAGCCUCUGUACACUGUAGCACACAGAAAGCUCUAGAGUAACAACGGAUCCGCAUCUGACUCUGAUUUAAGAAAACACACAAAUCAAUAGCAGGUCAAAAUCAAGCUACUGUUUGAUGCAGGGUCCAAGCCAACUCUGAAGCUCACCUCAAUACACUGGAGCCUGAUAGAUUUCAGUCCUGCUGCCGAACUCCAUCAUUUCAUCUCACUGUGAACAUAAGAAACAUGACUCACAUUCACUGUGCCUUUCCUAGUCUUACAUAGCAAUAUUGUUGUUAUAAAGUGUGAAACUGAGUGCAAUAUUGCAACUUGAUGAUACUUUUAAUGGAGAUUUAACUGGUGCUUUUCCUUGCAUUAUUUCUUAGCAUAUAGAGUCCAAUGAUUUUAAUAAUUUACCAAGUUCUGUGUCAUUU